AUGGCCACUCUCCAAUCUAUCAACAAGGAUCUUUCUAGAAGAAUUGAAAAUAAGAGUAAUACAUUUUGGAAAAGCCUUUUAUUAGAUGAAUUCGGAAUGAAUAAUCAAUUUAUUAAAUUACUUGAUGAGCAAGAGGAGAAUGAUCUGAAGAGAAAGGCACUAGUGUUGAGAAAGUUGGCAAGGCGAUUUAUUAAUUAUCCUACAUUGUACAAAGAAGAAAUUGUUGAUGACUGUAGAGUUUGUAUUAUUGGUCCUGUUGGUAAUGGUAAAUCUUCUUUAAUAGAGCAAUUUGUUUAUGGUAAAUUCCCACAGGUUACAGAUCCAACACUGGAAGAUACUUAUAGAAAGCAGGUGAAAGUGGAUGGAUUUGUACAUUCCUUGGUUGUUUUGGAUACAGCUGGAUUAGAUACAUAUAUUGCAAUGAGAGAUGGUUUUAUUAGAACACAUGAUUGUUUUGUAAUUACUGCAAGUUUGGACACUACUCCAACUAAAUGUGCAACAUAUUAUGAGGAACUUUUGGAUCAAAUAACAUUAAUUAAGGGUUUAGAUCAUGAUGGAUUUUAUUUUCCUAUUGUGUUUGUUGUCAACAAAUCAGACUUACAACAAGAGGAAAGAGAGUCAACAUUUGAUGAAUGGAAAAAUUAUUUCAAUUCGUUUAUUGAACGAUUUAAAUUUAUGAAUUAUGAUAUUAUUGAAACAAGUGCCAAAUCAAAUAUUAAUGUUUCAAAGAAUGUUUAUUCAUUUCCCUUUUCCACAUGUACAUUUAUUUCAAGAGGUAAUCAAUUUAGAUAUUAA